AUGCGGAGGCAGCAGGGCAACUCUACCACCGACGGCGUAAGGGAGGACCCUGUGGACUCACGAGACGGACAUUCGAAGGCGGCUGAGAUGGGCCGACCCGUGUCCACGUUGCCCAUGAUUGCAGAACAUGCACAAUACACAGAGCAUAUGCAAUACGCAAAGCUGAUCACUAUGACCCGCUGCCGUGCCACCUUGGUCAAGAUGAAACGGCGACCGAAAAAGCUGAGGAAGCCCCGGUGGCCAAGCCUACACCAUCGGCGACGACGUGAGCACGACAUAAGCGGGUACGACAAAGCAGUUGGCCGUGGUAGCGAAACCCCCAACACGCAAGACAAAGAGGGGAAGUAUAUGUAUGUCCUGUCCCAUCCGCUGCAUGCCGACCAUGGCGAGGGUAAAACAAAGAGCUCGCGCAAUCGCAGGCGGCAACGCUUCCGGGCAGCGAGCCAGAGUGGUGCUGCCUACCACGACAGGCCAGAUCAAGCGUGCCAAGAGACCAGUACUGUGCUGAUGAAAAAGUUGGGACAGAUCAAAGAGAUCUGUGCAGACAAACACGGAAGCCAAAUGAGAUUUCAAAGCACCGCUCUCGGGGCGCUACAGGAGAGUACCGAGCAAUAUGUCAUCGGGGUGCUGGAGGAGGCCAACCUGUGCGCCAUCCACGCCAAGCGCGUCACGCUGAUGCCGUUGGCUCUGCGCAUUCGGCAGCCAGCCACGCAGGCCUGGACAUCCUGGUGGCGAGCGCCUGACCCCCCCAAGGGAACAGAACACCGGAAAAAACAGAACGAUGGUGACGGCAUGCCUGUUUUCCGUCCACCGAGGUCUGUCAGUCCUAGGCCUGUUGGUCUCAGGCCUGUCGGUCCUGGCUCUGUCGGCCCUGGGCAAGUCAGUUCCGGACCUGUUGCCGAUGCCUGGGCUGCCGUCGAGGCGCCCGCUGUGUAUUUUUUCGACGAAGAUUUUUUCGACGAAGCAGCCUGGACUCAUGAUUUGGACUGUGGCGAAUAA